GCUGUUCAAGCUUUCAAGUUUCUGGCGCUGGCAUGUUCCAAACUGAACUAACUGCGCCCACAUAAGUCGUAAGGCUCGUCACGAGAUGACCAUGAGGAGGAGGGCCGUUUCCCUCCAGGUAGUGGCAUGCCGGGGAAGGUGAUGGUGAAAGUCACAUUGCAAAGCGCGCAAGGAAUGGCGCUGGAUUGUGUACAUGGCGCUGUUGCGCUAUGAUCGGGGGAAUAAGGUGUACAUGUUGCGUAGGGCAGAAGGGCAUGCUUCCCUGGACGAGCUGUGCGAUUGGGGUGGCUAAAAGAGCAUAGGAAAAGCGAAGGGAAUCAGACUUUUAUCCCAACUUAGCAUUAUGGAUCGUCGACGUUUUGCCUUUUCGCUAGCUGACGAUAGCUACACCGAAAAUCUGAAAAGCUCUAUGUCACAGAUCAUAUUCACACUCACACCUGUUGGGCUCGCGGAGCAGUUAUUCAAUACCGCCCACCCCAUAGCAUGGCAUGUGUUCGACUUUCGCUCCGAGUACGUGGAACUAGAAUGCCACCUGGAUCUUGCAGUGUGCACUGUUCAGAAGAGAAGCGAUUCGUGCAUCGAGCCCAUCAUUAGUCGCAUCGUUCCGCGUGGACAUUACACUGCCUUGAUAACUCAAGGCAGUAUGUCCCUCUGGCAGGGGACUUGCAGAUGGCAUGAAGAUGAGCCGACAAGUAUCCUAAUCCAUAACGACUCCAAGGCGCCACAGGCGUUCUCGAUCUGUGCGACGAUGGUGAAGCAGGAAACAUGGGCACCAGUACUAUUCCCAAUCAUCUUGUUCAAUAAAUUGGAACAUGACAGUAUGCUUCGAAUCAAGUCCUCGCUCUGCCUCCAAGCAUACUACGGCAGCAACUUCAGGAGUAGGAAGCAAAUCCACGUGAAGGACGGACUGCAACCCGUGCUCGAUGAGAGCGGAAAAGUGUGGAGUGUUGUCCUGGAUGACCAGCCGAUGACAUCGUCAUGGCAAAUUCGCCAAAUGCCCUCUGGCCGUAUUCAAAUCGAAAGAUCAGAAGACGAAGAAGCAGACAGAGCGGGAAGACAAGUUCGCAAGGAGCUGAAGCAACUGAGAGCACAGCUAGAAGAGAUACAAAAGCAGGCAAAGCAGGAUGUGAACGCUAAUUCUCCGGGACUGAGGAAGCUGAAGACACGGAUCGCGGAAAUCGAGGAGCAAAUGGAUGCUAUUCAAAGCUCCCUCAGCGGAACAGGAGUAAAAUUGAAGCUGACGGAUGAUACGUUGGAGACCUGGGAGGAGGACAUGAUCGCUAUCAAAGCAAAAGUGCGACAAUGUCUGGCUGAUUUAGAAGGAUUAAAAUCGUCCAGGCUUCCUGGGAGGUCGUCAACCUCUAGAGGCGAAGAUGUCUCCAGUGACCAACUAAACCAACUACGCAAGAACUUGGAGCGCAUUGAAGACACCCUCAAGAGCGUCGGUGAUUCCGUGCAGACGAUCCCCGGCAUGCAGACCUCAAUAGCUCACCUGGGGGAGAAUAGCAACCAAGCGUUUGAAGGCCUCGAAACUCUGAAUCGCGUGGUCACUGUCGUGGCGGCUAACACGCAGGAGACCAUCGCAGCUGCGGACCAGCGCAUUGUUCGUAUGGGAGCACGCUUGAAGGGCGUUGAGGAGGACUCUCGGACGCAUCAUGGGAAGUUGCAGAAGUUGGAGAUGGAAAGCGCGAGAAUGGGCGAAAGGAUCGCCGAUGCGAAUCAACGUCUAGAGACGAAGGCUGCCAAGGCCAACGUGAAUGCCCUCGAGGCAGACUUCGGAUCAUUCACCCAGAAGCUGACAGAAGUCGACAGCGCCUCCGUCGGGCUCCAGGAUACCACAAAGGACCUUUCCAUAAGAAUCGAUGGCGUUGAUAGAACGGUUGGAGGGAUAGAGGGCAAAGUGAAGGCCUACGUCGCUUCACUGAAGCUUGGUCAGGAAAUCGAAAACGUUUCAAAGCGUGUUCAAGACAUAGACAGAAGCGUCUUGAAGCUGGAAGCCGAUGGGCCCGUGCUGGAGAACAAAAUGAACGCCAUCUCUACUCAGACCGAGCGAGACAUCGAGAACUUACGGGAGGAACUGGGGAAAGUCGACGCCUUAGCCCGAGGCGCAGACCAGCGGAGUAAUGAUCUUACGGGCGAUACGAAUAAGGUGCGAACACUGGCCGCUGCCAUAGAUGGCAGGGUGGAAUCACUACACGACGAAGUGGAAAGAUUGGAUCGUAAGGUGGGCACGGCUGAUAAUGGACUGAGGGAGUUGAAAAGAGAAGUCAAGGAGAUUGGCAGUACGAAGAACGUUAGGAUAUAGCAGUCUGGUACUGCAUGUGAGUCCGUGUCCGUGUUCAGAAAGAACAAGUCCGGCGCACCUUUGUCUCAACGGUUGCCUUGAUAAAGUUGAAUGAGAUAUAUAAUGAGAGACAUAA